AUGAAGAAGAAGAACAAUGAGAGGGCAAUUAAUGAGAAAAUGGAGAAGACUUUCGGAAUGAGAAGAACAGAGGUUGUCAAGGACUGCCCUGCAAUCAAGGACCUCUUGGAGAGAUGGCCUUCUCUGUUUUGUGAAAAUCAGAUCAAAGAGGAGUUUAAACGAAUAACCACAGUGCAUCUGGAGCGUACCUUUCUGUCCAGAUUAGACAAGUACACCACAAAACUCCUGGAUCUAUUUCAGAAGAAGGGUGGAAUUGCAGGGACCAAAAUAAAACCAAUGUUGGACUCACUGAAUCAGCAUCCUGUCGAUGUCAGAAGGGAUAUCGUCAUCCGCUGCUUAGUUGAAUAUCUUGGAGAGAGUGGAGAGGAGCUGAUCAAAGACUAUCAGGAUGUCAGCCAAGAAGAAGUGAAAGGGGACUGCAGUAAUCACAUGAUGAAGAUCAGUGUCCUCCAUCCAAUUGGGGCACAGGAAACCAAAGAUCCAUGCUGCCUGCAACUAAACAACCUUUGUCUGUGUGCGAUCACUGGCUGCCAUCGAUCCACCACAGCCUCGUUCCAUUACAUCAGGCCUCUCUUGGCCACUGUCAGCUCCUUGGAGUUGGACGACCCCCGUAAGAUUUGA